AAGAACGUCAUUCGAAUUCCGUCGCGUUGCUUUGUACGUCACGGGUGGCGGGCGCGGGAAGGAGUUCGUAAUUCAGUUCGUCUGCUCUGGUGAGGAAAGUGCCGUCUGUCGCGCAGCUUCCAUCCCUCGGUCCGAGCAGCCUCUCGGAGUCCAACCCUUCACAUCUGACAGUCGUCUCUGUCCCUUCUUCGCCUCGGAGCUGCUAACUGGUCUCGAACCUCUCAGCACUUCAGCUUCUAGCGGCGAUGCAUGUGAUCAAGCGAGAUGGCCGCCAAGAGCGAGUUAUGUUUGACAAAAUUACAUCACGAAUCCAGAAACUCUGUUAUGGACUCAACAUGGACUUUGUUGAUCCUGCUCAGAUCACCAUGAAAGUAAUCCAAGGCCUAUAUAGUGGGGUCACCACAGUGGAACUGGACACCCUGGCUGCUGAGACAGCCGCGACCUUGACCACGAAGCACCCUGACUAUGCCAUCCUGGCAGCAAGGAUAGCUGUCUCUAACUUGCACAAAGAAACAAAGAAAGUGUUCAGUGGUACGUCUGGACGCCUGAAUUCUGCCAUUAUCUAUGACCGAGAUUUCUCUUAUAACUACUUUGGCUUUAAGACACUGGAACGGUCAUAUUUGUUGAAGAUCAAUGGUAAAGUGGCUGAAAGACCACAGCACAUGUUGAUGAGGGUUUCUGUGGGGAUUCACAAAGAAGAUAUUGAUGCUGCAAUUGAAACCUACAACCUACUUUCUGAGAAGUGGUUUACUCAUGCCUCUCCUACUCUCUUCAAUGCCGGGACCAACCGCCCACAGCUGUCCAGCUGUUUCCUCUUGAGUAUGAAAGAUGACAGCAUUGAAGGAAUUUAUGAUACUCUGAAGCAGUGUGCCUUGAUUUCUAAGUCUGCUGGGGGAAUUGGUGUUGCUGUGAGUUGCAUUCGGGCCACUGGUAGCUACAUCGCUGGGACUAAUGGCAAUUCUAAUGGCCUUGUGCCAAUGCUGAGAGUAUAUAACAACACAGCUCGCUACGUGGAUCAAGGUGGAAACAAGCGCCCAGGGGCGUUUGCUAUUUACCUGGAGCCUUGGCACUUAGACAUCUUUGAGUUCCUUGACUUGAAGAAGAACACAGGCAAGGAAGAACAGCGAGCACGCGAUCUCUUCUUUGCACUUUGGAUCCCAGAUCUCUUCAUGAAGCGAGUGGAGACUAACCAGGACUGGUCAUUGAUGUGUCCCAAUGAGUGUCCUGGUCUGGACGAGGUCUGGGGAGAGGAGUUUGAGAAGUUAUAUGAAAGUUAUGAGAAGCAGGGUCGUGUCCGAAAAGUUGUAAAAGCUCAGCAGCUUUGGUAUGCCAUCAUUGAGUCCCAGACGGAGACCGGUACCCCAUACAUGCUCUACAAAGAUUCCUGUAACCGGAAGAGCAACCAGCAGAACCUGGGAACCAUCAAAUGCAGCAACCUGUGUACAGAAAUAGUAGAGUACACCAGUAAAGAUGAGGUUGCAGUUUGUAACUUGGCUUCUCUGGCUCUGAAUAUGUAUGUCACACCAGAACAUACGUAUGACUUUGAGAAACUGGCAGAAGUCACUAAAGUCAUUGUCCGAAAUCUGAAUAAAAUAAUUGAUAUAAACUACUACCCUAUUCCAGAGGCACACUUAUCAAAUAAACGCCAUCGGCCCAUUGGAAUUGGGGUACAAGGUUUAGCAGAUGCUUUCAUCCUGAUGAGAUACCCCUUUGAGAGCCCAGAAGCCCAGUUAUUAAAUAAGCAGAUCUUUGAAACCAUUUACUAUGGAGCCCUGGAAGCCAGCUGUGAGCUAGCCAAGGAGUAUGGCCCCUAUGAAACGUAUGAGGGAUCUCCAGUCAGCAAAGGUAUUCUUCAGUAUGACAUGUGGAAUGUUACUCCUACAGACCUGUGGGACUGGAAGCCUCUUAAGGAGAAGAUUGCAAAGUAUGGUAUAAGAAACAGUUUACUUAUUGCCCCAAUGCCUACUGCUUCAACUGCCCAGAUUCUGGGGAAUAAUGAGUCCAUUGAGCCUUAUACCAGUAACAUCUACACUCGCAGAGUCUUGUCAGGGGAAUUUCAGAUUGUGAAUCCUCACUUACUGAAAGAUCUUACUGAGCGGGGCUUGUGGAAUGAAGAGAUGAAAAAUCAGAUUAUUGCAUGCAAUGGCUCCAUUCAGAGCAUACCAGAAAUUCCUGAUGACCUGAAGCAACUCUAUAAGACCGUGUGGGAAAUCUCUCAGAAGACUGUUCUCAAGAUGGCAGCCGAGAGAGGUGCUUUCAUCGAUCAGAGCCAGUCUUUAAACAUCCAUAUUGCUGAGCCCAACUACGGCAAACUCACUAGUAUGCACUUCUACGGUUGGAAGCAGGGUUUAAAGACUGGGAUGUAUUAUUUAAGGACGAGGCCUGCCGCUAAUCCAAUCCAGUUCACUCUGAACAAGGAAAAACUGAAAGAUAAGGAAAAGGCACUGAAGGAGGAGGAGGAGAAGGAGAGGAACACAGCAGCCAUGGUGUGCUCUUUGGAGAACAGAGAGGAGUGCCUGAUGUGUGGAUCCUGAGAAAAGCAGGGCCUGGGAGAUACAGCGGGCUCUCCUGCCCUGCUGUGGCAGACAAUUUGAGCAUAGAUAGGAUAGUGAGUUUGCUUGGUUAUCAGCAGCUCUGCUGGACGUGCCUGCCAGGACAGGGAGCCAUGUACUGUUUCUACACAGUGUAAAUGUCAUUUUUAACAAACAGAAAACCAAAGCCAGCUUUGAUAUUAGGAAUCAAAGUAGAGGUUUUGGGAAUACUAAAGAGCCUUCCUGCAAAUAGUGACGAGACUUAGGAAGUCUCAUCUCUCCAGCUUUCCCUGCCUGGCCAUUCUCAGUUUGGGCAAAGAGAUUUAGUUCGAUUUGACUGAUUGCCUAGAAGUAAAAUCAAGCAAUUACUCAGCAGCUAAAGGCCUUUGUCUAGACGAACUUCUAUAGGUCAUUUUGAAAUAAAAAUGUCUAAGUGAUUGUGUGGGA